CACUUUUACGUUCUAUUACAGUUGUAGCGAUACAUUUAGCUUGAAAUAUUUUCGUAUACCCCAACAAUUUGUUUAAUCCAGUCUGUUCUGUCGGUAACAGUCAUUGGUUCACGGUGGAAGGUCGUUGCUAACAUAACGUUAACUAGCCAACGAGCUAAAGUAACGUUAGUUUACCCGCCACUUGAAUUCAUAUAUUCAUUCGACAUUACUGUAGCUAGCCUGCCUGUAGGGUACCUUCUUUGGCUUGUAGGAAUGGAUGGUACUCCUAUGUCGUUAUCUACCUGAACUUAAUCUGGAAUCACACGGACGCAGACCAAUCUAUGGAGGUGCACACUCCAACAGCUGAAAACCCCCAUUCUGAAUAUGGACUGACGGACAACAUCCAGAGAAUAGUGGAAAACGAGAAAGCCAACACAGAGAAGGUCUCCAAACAGAAGGUGGAUCUGCAGUCUCUCCCCACGAGGGCAUAUUUGGAUCAGACAGUGGUGCCCAUUCUUCUUCAAGGCUUAUCUGUGCUGGCCAAGGAAAGACCUGCAAAUCCUAUUGAAUUCUUAGCAGCCUUCCUUCUCAAGAACAAAUCACAGUUUGAAGAUCGAAAUUAAGCUCCAGACGGAUGGAAAUGUGCACUUUGAGCCCAUCUGUUUAAAAUCAAGGAAAUGGUUGUUUCUGUCAUUGGUUAUGUUUGCAGUUUUUUAAACCAGAAUAAAGAUGGUGCUGCAGGGAAAUAUGGUACUCUUUUAGGACAAAUGUCAGAGGUAAACUAAUAUAUACAAAAGACACCAACUACGUUGCACCUCAAGUUCCCUUGCAUCAUGGUCCCCUUCGUGGCAAAAUAUUCCAGAUUCAGUUCAUUUACCAAAAUGCUUACAAGAGGAAACAUUUGUGUUUUAAUUAACAAUGUCAUGUUUUGAUAUUGCCAAAUGACACACGUAUCAUUCUAGUGCCAUGUUUUAUUCUACCACUAGUUGAGCUACAGAGCUGGUGAUGAACCCCUUUGAUAAAAGGGUCAAUCUGAUGCCCCAAACUCAUUCUAAUUCUAAUUAUCAUGAGAAAUACAACAAACAGGGAAGUUGGUGAUAAAUAACCCUGAUCUGUAAUUUUAGAAUCACCCUUUCAUCCAUUGUUAGAUUUCUGCUCUUGGAAUUAAUUUAGCAGAUGUACCACUUUAUUGCACACCACAAUGAAAAAAAGUACAACAAAAAAAGAAAAUCCAUCGAGAACAUCAUUUAAGUGUAUUAAGAUAAAUAAAAUGUUACACCAUUA